CCAAUACCUUAGAAACACAGAACCAUGGUGUUACUACGUUCACACUUGCCAACACUAUUAGUCCUUUUGUUAUCAUCAAUUUUUUCAUUCUCAAAUUCAGCUUCCAUUGAAGAAAACUUCAUCCAAUGCCUAAGCUUUUAUUCAGAUAAAGCCCCACCGUUUUCCUCAUCAAUUGUGACACCAAAGGAUGAUUCAUUCACCAACGUUCUUGAUUCCUCAGCACAGAAUUUAAGGCUUCUGGUGCCUUCUGCGCCGAAGCCGGAGUUUAUCUUCACACCGUUGAAUGAAUCUCAUGUCCAAGUGGCUGUGAUUUGCUCAAAGAAGCUUGGAAUUCACAUGAGAGUGCGAAGUGGAGGCCAUGACUAUGAAGGAUUGUCAUAUGUUUCUGAGAUUGAAACUCCUUUCAUAAUCAUUGAUUUGGCCAAGCUUCGCGCCGUGGAAGUAGACAUACAAGAUAGCAGCGCUUGGGUCCAAGCCGGCGCCACGGUCGGCGAAGCCUACUACAGAAUAUCAGAGAAAAGCCCGGUUCAUGGAUUCCCGGCCGGGCUUUGCACAAGCUUAGGGAUUGGAGGACACAUUGUGGGAGGUGCAUAUGGAUCCAUGAUGAGAAAAUAUGGGCUUGGAGCCGACAAUGUCCUCGACGCGAAGAUUGUUGAUGCCAAUGGUAGAUUACUUGACAGAGAAGCCAUGGGAGAAGAUGUGUUUUGGGCCAUCCGAGGAGGCGGAGGUGGAAGCUUUGGAAUCGUUCUUUCGUGGAAGUUGAAUCUUGUUCCAGUGCCAGAAACCGUGACAGUUUUCACGGUUUCCAAGACACUGGAGCAAGAUGCAACUAAGAUUGUUCAAAGGUGGCAAGAAGUAGCACCAAACAUAGAUGAGGAACUCUUCAUGAGAGUCAUCAUUCAACCAGCUUCUACUGCUAACAAAACUGAAAGAACCAUCUCAACUUCUUACAAUGCUCUAUUCCUUGGUGAUGCUGAUACACUCCUCCAAGUAAUGCAGCAAAAGUUUCCUGAAUUGGGUUUGACCAAAAACGAUUGCUUGGAAACCAGUUGGAUCAAAUCAGUGCUGUAUAUUGCUGGCUUCCCUAAAGAUACACCUCCAGAAGUUCUGCUUCAAGGGAAAUCAACAUUCAAGAAUUACUUCAAAGCCAAGUCAGAUUUCGUUAGAGAUCCGAUACCAGAAACCGGCCUAGAAGGGCUGUGGCAAAGGCUGCUUGAAGAGGAUAGUCCCUUGAUGAUUUGGAACCCAUAUGGUGGAAUGAUGAACAGCUUCUCGGACUCCGAUUCGCCGUUCCCUCACAGAAAUGGAACUCUCUACAAGAUCCAGUACUUAACUUUAUGGCAAGAUGGAGACAAGAAUGCAACAAAGCAUAUAGAAUGGAUUAGGAAGCUUUACAAUUACAUGACACCUUAUGUGUCUAAGUUCCCAAGGGAAGCAUAUGUGAACUAUAGAGAUCUUGAUUUGGGUAUGAACAAGAAGAAUAGCACAAGCUAUAUACAAGCAACUGCAUGGGGUAACAUGUAUUUCAAGGACAAUUUCAAUAGGUUGGUUAAGAUUAAGACUAAAUUUGAUCCUGAGAAUGUGUUUAGGCAUGAACAGAGCAUUCCACCACUUCCAGUUUCAAGGCUAAAAGACAGAAAAUGCAAUAAAUGGGGAUAAGAGUUAUAUUAUUAGGGGGUGGAAUCUGGAAAACUUGUUAGAAGUGUUUAUUUGAUAAUUUAGAGGAAUAAAAAGAAGGUUUGUAUUUGUAUGUUAAUUAGUAUUCUGUUUUUUGUUUGUUCAUUUUUAAUGUUAAUGUUGUAACACAGUAAUCAAGUGCUUAAUCAUAUUGUUCAUUG